AUGAGCACCGAUCUAGAAGCCUACCUGAACUACAUGCUCACUUGGGAGGAUGAGACAGACGAUAAUAUCAACGCAAUCAUUACAGAGCAAUCCCUAUUCCUCAGCGUCGGCACCUACGACUCAACCACGGCUGUAAGCACCGAGUUCAGUACGCUCGUAAGUCUUGCAGAGACACUAGCUGCCGAGACCGUUGCUGCCGAUGCAAUUCAGAUUGCUGCCGAUGUGGCUGCUGUAGCAUCAAUCUGGUCAUUCGGCAUCUCGAUGAUGAUUUUUGCAGAAGCCGAAAUUACGGCACUAUUGCUUAGCGCCGACAUCUCAAGCAAAUCUACUGAAUUAAACAACAAAAUGGCGACCGUCGAUACCGAUAUUUCGGCUCAAAUCAAUGACCAGGUAUCCCAGUACAUCACUCAGUACAAGACAAACAAUGUCUUGAUCGCUUCGAAGGCAACAGAGGGUCUCGACACCAGGCACUGCCGUAGCAUCCUUCUUCAGUUUGUUGCCCAGGUUCAAAGGCAUACCGGCAACCAGCUCAAUGCCGACAACUUUAGAAAGUAUGCGCAUGUAGCCAGACAACUCUACGAAAGCAAAGAGAUAGACGCUAUCUACGCGGCAUUGGACACGCUGUACCUAAGCGAUCAGACAGAGGCCGAUCUAACCCAAUACAUGGAUACUAUCAAAGGCCUCGGGCUUAACACCGCUCUGCUCACAUCCAUCCAUCUUUUCUCAGUUGCCUUUAUGGCUAAUAGGCUGAGUGUCGCAAAUGACACGCUUCGGAACGUUUGCAUAGAAGGUGGGAUGGACCCUGAUAUGGUGGAUGUAAGCGCUUUUGAAAUGCUCGAUGGAUUGGGAAAGCUAGUUGUUGUCGUUGGAGCAGUCAUGUCAGUGGCUGAUGCCGUCAUGCAAAUCAUUGACAUCGUUGAUGUAGUGGAGCAGGCGGAGAACCUGCGAGAUGCCAUUGAAGGAAAAUUCCAAACUAACUACUUGAAUUUCUUUAAUGGUAUCAGCGAAGCGUCCCAGAAGUACAACAACGCACUUCAGAACAUCACAACACCCUCUAGCUCUAUUUCUUAA